AUGUCUCCAUCAACAAGAAAAAGAUCAACUAGUUUAAGUAACUCCCUCAUAGAUGAUAAUAGCAACAACUAUUUAAAACCAUUCCCAUCAUAUUCAAACGAAAACUCAAAUUUAAGUAGUACUACUAUUAAUAGCAAUAACAUCUCUUCAGGUACUGAUCAAUUGGAACCUGAACCUGUCAAAGAUCAUAGAAGAAAACGUUCUUCUUCCAUAAUAUCCCAUGUCGAACCUGAAACUUUCGAAGAUGAAAAUGAUCAACAAAUGUUACCAAAUAUGAAUGCUACUUGGGUGGAUCAAAGAGGUGCUUGGUUCAUCCAUAUAGUAAUCAUCAUACUAUUGAAGAUCUUCUAUAACUUAUUACCUGGUUUAAAUAAUUCAUGGGCUUGGACCUUAACGAAUUUAACCUAUGUCAUUGGUUCCUAUGUAAUGUUUCAUAUGAUUAAAGGUACACCAUUCGAUUUCAACGGUGGUGCUUAUGAUAAUUUAACUAUGUGGGAACAGAUUAAUAAUGAAACUUUAUAUACUCCUGCAAGAAAGUUUUUAUUGUUAGUACCAAUUGCAUUGGUUCUAUUAAGUACUCAUUACGGUCAUUACAGUUUAAACUUAUUCAUUUUAAACAUUACUAUUACUAUAUUAGCUGGUAUCGUACCAAAAUUACCAUUAACUCAUAGAUUAAGAAUUUCAAUCCCAGGUAUUACUGGUCGUGCUCAAAUUAGUUAA